UUUCACUAUUCGCGUGUCCCACAGAAUGGCUGGCGUUCUGUUCCGUCGGUCACAAGGUCCCCCUGACGCGCAGACGAAACGGUAGGAUGGGUCACACGUAACGGCCCCUGUCCAGGUGAUUGGAAAGCUAUCGUAGGCUUACAAAACGUAUUUCUCUCUUCCUCUCCCACUAAUUCGCAUGGAUUGCUAUCACUCGCAAGCCAAGGUUAAUGCCGAUCGCUACGAUAUGACACCGAAAAACCGACAAAGUCCCCUUGCGUGUGAUAAUUGCCUUGAGCACAAAACUGUGUGCAAUCCAUUGCCUGGCGGUCAAAAACACUCUGCCUGCGAGCGCUGUGCCCGAAAGGCGCUCCGUUGCGAGUUUGCGUGGGAGAAACCAUCGCACAAAUCGAACGAUGCUAUACCAACGACUUCGCGCACCACUCAGCACGUGUACUCUGAAGCUCCUCUUCCUCCUCCUGCUUCUCAUCCAGUCGAUCCCAGUAAGCCACUGGUGAUACCAGGGCGCGUGCCGAAAUUGCCGUACACUGGCCCACCGCCGUCAUUUUCCGCCCCCCGCUACGCUGAUGGGCGGUAUCCGGAUCUUCGUCUGGAUUCAGACUCGAGCUCAAGCCUACCCACGACUUCCACGACCCCUCCGACACCA